UCGGGUUAGCGCUCCACUUCUUAAGAGUAACAUAGGCUUGAAGCUCGUAAGUUAGUGAAUGAGAACCGAGGAGGAAUACAUGCUCUGGAGGCUUCAUCAGAGUGGUUGAAUGAUAUUAAUCCUCAGAAACCUGUAAACUACCGUGAUGCAGAAUUCAGACAUCAAUAUGGAUCUGAUAGAACUAUCUAUGAACCAGCUUCUUUAGAUAUUGGAGAUGGCACUAUUUACAAAAUUCCUCCUACUUAUGAUCAGUUAGCAGCAAUGCUGAACCUUCCAAGUUUCUCGGAUAUUCGAGUCGAGGAAUUUUACCUAAAGGGUACCUUGGAUUUGGGAUCCUUGGCUGCAAUGAUGGCUUCUGAUAAAAGGGUUGGGACUAGAAACCGAGCGGGCAUGGGGGAAAACUUACCUCAAUUUGAAUCACUUCAGGCACGAUUGAAGGCCAUGUCAGCUUCUAACUCACCUCAUCAAUUUAGUCUGAAAGUAACUGAUAUUGCUUUGAAUUCUUCCAUCCCAGAGGGAGCUGCUGGAAAUAUUAAGCGAUCUAUUUUGUCUGAGGGUGGUGUAUUGCAGGUUUAUUAUGUGAAGGUUUUGGAGAAAGGCGACACAUAUGAGAUCAUUGAAAGAAGCCUACCUAAGAAACAAAAAUAA